AUGUCUAGACGCAAAGCGAAGCAAAGCAGAACGAAGUCCAAUGUCGACAGAUCUAAAGGCAGCAAAACCCCAAAGGAGACGCCCAUACUCGUAUCCAGGAUCAUCAAUCGUAUCAGAAAGCGUCAUCUUCCAGUCUCCCAGAUCACGAAGCAAGUCAUCAUCGCCGAAACAUCACGCGAGUACCCAGACCUCCAUCAGAAGAAGGCCAAUCGAAAAGCAAGAUCAGCUUUGAAGCAUCUUCUCAAGGACACCCACGAAGAUGAACGACAGUGGAUGUUGAACUGGACCAGGUCUGUGGAGGUCAAGAAAGAGACAAGCACUGGCAAGAUCGAGGAAGCGGACAACGUCAAGCUGGAGGAUGAAGAAGACCAAGACGAUAUCGAUGACUCUAAUGAUCCAUCUUGA